AUGAAACCAUCUAAACUGCAAGAUCAUCUGAGAAGAUGCCACCCUGAUAAAACAGAGAAAGAUUUAAAAUACUUUCAAACACUCAAAGAUAAAUUUCAGAAGAUACCUAUACUGGACAGAAUGUUCGCUUCGACGUCACAAAGAAAUGAUGAUGGUUUGCGGGCAUCUUACAAUAUCUCGUUACUUAUAGCAAAAUCCGGAAAAUGUAAUUAUUUGCAAACGACCCAUUUCUCUAUACAACUGGACGAGUCAACUUUACCUGAUAAUGCAGCAUUAUUAUUGGCAUAUGUUCGUUUUAUUAUGAAUCAAGAAAUCUACGAAGAACUGCUCUUCGCAAGAAAUUUGAUAACCGACACUAAAGGUGUAUCAAUAUUUCAUGUUUUGAAGGAUUACUUCAUUGAAAAAGCAAUUCCUUCAUCAAAUAUAAUAUCAGUAGCUACAGAUGGAGCACCUGCCAUGAUGACGCGUGAAAUUGCUGAAAUGUAUCUGAUCAUAGAAAAGCAUCUAAGGCCGACCUAA